UCUAAUGCGUCUGUUUCCUUGUGUAUAUAACGGCCGCAUUUCGCCUCCCCUCUCCCCGCCCGCCGUCGCUCUCCCUUCUCCGACACCUUUCUUUCCCAUCCCCUCUAUCCCCAAGAAGACGGUCUCCGUGCUUUCUCUUGCCUUUCAUGGCGUGCUAUCGCUUCCCGGCGACCAUCGUCGCUCCCCGGGCCUCUCGCCACCGAAUCCGAGCUCAGAAACCCUCGAUCUCCCACCCGAAGCGACUCUUCUCGGCAGCGUCGAGCGCAAGAUUCGGCUGGGACGACGUUCUUCGAGUCGGCGAGGGCAAUCAAGAAGACGACGACCCUUCGGAUCUCCGAGGCUACUUCGAGAAAGUUUGGGCAUGCAAUCGUGGAUCCCAGGAAAAGCAAUCGGAGUUUGUCCCCUUCUUGGUCGAGGAUCAGAUUGUUGGAUACAUACAUAAGGGUUUCAUUGAGCAUCUAAGAAAGUUUCAAGAUGUUUUCACUGUUGUGUCGGGCAAAAAUGGCUGCGGUAUUGGUGACUGUGUCAGUCUUCAUUCAUCACUUAAGAAGCCAGACGACAGAACAAGAGCAGUUGGACAUGUCAUCAAAUGUAUAGGGAAACUGAUUCCAGGUAUACGCAAUGAGCUGUACCCUGUGACAUCAUCAUUUGGGAUGCCUAUAUUCUUCUCUCUAGAGCGUGCAGCUGCUCCUUAUUUUGGUAUAAAGGCUUAUGGUGUUCACAUGAAUGGCUAUGUUGAGAGGGAUGGGCAGCAAUUUCUCUGGUUAGGGAAGAGAAGUAAUAUGAAGCCAACCUUCCCUGGGAUGCUUGAUCAUCUGGUUGCCGGGGGUCUGCCGCAUGGGAUCACGUGUAAAGAGAAUCUUAUGAAGGAAUGUGAAGAGGAAGCAGGGAUUCCGAGAUCUAUUUCCAAUAAUGCCAUCUCAGUUGGAGCAAUCUCUUACAUAGACAUUGACAAGUACAAGUACAAAAGGGAUGUUCUUUUCUGCUAUGAUCUAAAACUCCCUGCAGGAUUCAUUCCCAAGAAUGAAGGUGUGUGUUUUGAAUGCACAAGUUUUGCCGAUGGGAAUUUUCCCCAUGUGCUAGUUAUUCCCCAAAUUGGAUGUUGGUAGCUUUUAUUGUAGUUU